UUGAUUUUUUAUUUGUUGUUGUUUUUGGUAAUGUCUUCGCCUCGUUGUCCGCGUUGCAAAUGUGAGGCAAGUGGACAAAAUCGCCUGGUCACCGAUUCCUGUGGUCAUGCCAAAUGCCGGCAAUGUUUGCUAGCCGAUGUGGACGACUGUCUGGAAUGUAAGAGUGCCAAUGAGUCGAAAGUCAAAGAAAAGAAUGCAUCCCAACCACCACGACCCACCACAGUCACAACUGACAAUCACAUUAUAGCCACAACUCAGGGUUAUCAUUGCCAAAGGUGUAAGAAGGAUUUCAGGAGUCGCACUCAGCAAUAUUAUCAUCGUUUCUGUGGCAAUGAGCAGCUCAAGAAAUACAGCUGCCAGGAAUGCAAGCGGGUCUUUGCCACUAGAUCCCAUUUGAAAUAUCAUGCAAACAAUCACAAUAGCCAAUCCCUAUAUAAAUGCAACAUAUGCUCCAAACAAUUCAAGCAACAAAUCAUCCUGAAUCGGCACUUGCUUUUGCAUCAGCAGGAGCAAAGUCAAGAGAAAUAUACAUGUACCGACUGUCCCAGGCAAUUUAAAAGUCAAACCUCGUUGAGGGAUCACAUUCUUGGUCACACGGCAGAGGGACUACCACACAAAUGUGACAUUUGCUCGAAGCACUUCCUUACCAAGUCCAAUUUGAAGCAACAUCGGUUGAAGCAUGACAAGAAUUCCAUCCGCUAUCACUGUAAGGUCUGCCCAAAGACAUUUUUGCGUCAGACCAGCCUUCGUUUACAUGAGAAGCGGCACUCCAAGCGGGAGCGUCAUUUGUGCCCACAUUGCUGUAAGAGCUAUAAGGAUGCAGAUGCUCUGGGUCGUCACUUGAAGCAGGAGCAUCAGUCAUCCAGAGAACGCUUUUCGUGUCGGCUCUGUGAGAUCUCUGUAAGUCGACGUGAUAAUAUGCAACGUCAUCUGCGCUCCAUACAUCCGGGUGCAACUUUCGAGACGAGUGUCGACAUUGUAAACCAAACACGACUUGUUGCCGAGCAAGACAAGCAAAAACCACCGCGUCACAACAGUGUAAUUAAAAGUGUGGGCAACGUGGUGGCUCUGAAUCAACCCCAUCCGACGCCUCCGCCGCCUCCUCCUCCGCCUCUGCAUCAGCCCCCUCCCUCUCUGCCAGAGCAAGUGCACAAAGAGAAUGUAAAACUUUAUCGCAAAAUUAUUCUAGACUUGGACACUGAGGAAUUGAGCACAGAUGAGCAACCAGUAAAUACAGGACCCAUUAAUUUCAGUGAAAUGCAUUGGCGCAAAUGUUUCAAAUUCAAAUCUUCGUAUGAAAGCGAGCAGACAAAUUGAAAUCAUUCAUC